AUGAGAUUUGGCGUGUACGAGAUUGAGCACAUGGUGAGAUUUGAUGUGUACGAGAUUGGAAAGUGUGGGAGCGUUACAAUCGAUAAAAAGGAGCCUAACGGCAACUAUCCAUUCAAUCCCAACCACUCUCAACUAUCGAGUUUUUUUUAUUGGAAUGUAGCAUAUCAACCAACCACCCACCAACCACCCAACCAACCAUCCAUCCAUCCAUCCAUCCAACCACCCACCCACCUAACCAAACACCCACCCACCCAACCAACCAACUACCCAACCAACCAAACAUCCAUCCAUCCUUCCAACCACCCACCCAAUGAACCAACCAACCAACCACCCAACCAACCAACCAACCACACAACCAACCAACCAACCAACCAUCCAUCCAUCCAUCCAUCCAUCCUUCCAACCACCCACCCACCCACCCAAUGA